CGACAACGCGUUGCGUGAUUUCCAAGCUCGAUUGAUCCAUUAGGCUGUUCUUAGGGGGCUUGACCAGUCCACCGGUUCUUGGACGCCGCACUCGUUUCCAGCACUGCUUUCGCCCGUUGGUCUUUAGAAUCAGGAUCUUCAUACGCGCCAUCUCCUGUGGCCACGACUGUUAUGACAGCUUCCUCUUGCGCACCCUUGAGUUGACAUUUCUUACGGUUCCUUCGAACACUGCCACCGCAGCUUUCCCGCCUCCCGCUGUCGCCCUUCAGGCUGCUGUCGAAGAAAGGACACGCGCUGUGGAGGAAUAAGGGUAUCAAUGAUGGAGGAUGGUCUUGUUGGGGCGACCUACGCCAUGGGGCCUAGGGUCCCGCCCGUCGGGAUGCGCGCCAAAAGGAGCACGACAACAUCGACGCUGGGAUUCAAGGUGCCCUCUCGCGUCUUAGCUGCACGAGCUGAGAAGACCACCGCGUGCACUGAUCCGCAGUUAUGCGAGAAGCCCGUAGGAAACUCAAUGACCCUACCCAUUGUUCUUGGAGUGUGCGUCCCGAUUGUCGUCGCGGUCGGUAUUCUGCUCUGGCUCCACCGAAGAAACGUCAAGAAACAGCGGAUGGAAGACCUGAAUGACCCCCACAAGUCGCUGGAUUUCGGUCUAGAACAGGGCGGUGCUGCCAAGGAAUCACGCAAGAGUCUAAUCAGCCGGGAGAAGGAUGGGAGCUCGCGAUACGCUCGGCAACAGAUGUCGAUGGACAUGAAUUUGACGAGCCCGUACCUUUUGCCUCCGGAAGCCCACAAUUCUCGCGAAUCCCUGAAUUCCCUGGCGAAAACGCUUAAGCAAUCCGAAGACCCCUACCGACCAGUCAUGCAGUACGCCGCCAGUGAUACUGGGUCAGUCCGGUCGUUACCAAGAGGAAACGAUGCCGCCUCCGUCUUCACCAGGUCAAACAGCCGUGCGGAUGUCCCACCGCCUCUGCGGUCCCCUGGCCCGCAUGGUACUCCAUCACGUCAAAAUUCCGGUCCGAAGUCGCCGCUUGUGCCGCCUGAGCCUACUCACAUGAGACCUGAGCAGCCGCAGCUAGAGGACGCUGGUAUGCCUGCGAGCCCGGCUUUGAAAGGACCUCUGUCGCCCAUCGGGACUGCAGUUUCGACUUCUCAGCCAUCGCAUGAGGAUGCCAUCGGUGUGGCAAUUCAGGAGCCACCGGCCGUCGCCCAGAAGACGGUCGCGAAGUCAACGCCCUCGCCUUCGCAAGCGAGUCCCGCCGAUUCCGGUGUUGCGGUCGAAUAUGGAAAUGUUGGCAACCCGUUCGAAAAGCCCGAGGCCCAAGAACUGGAGACCCCCACCGAACCGAGUUCCGUAGGCCUUGGUCUGUCCACGCAAGCCGAGCCCGCGCGAGCAUCGGUACGAACUUCUACUUCGUCCGCCAACAGUCGAGCUACGAGCCCGGGACCAUUCAAGAACCAGCCUGCGUCUUCGACUGCCCCUAUCAUUGAGGAGCCCGUUCAUUACUAUGACUAUGAUUAUGUCGAGAUGCCGGAACUUCCCGACGAGCGCCGUCGGUCCCCCUCGCCUCCGAACAACAAGGGACAGCUCGGCGUUGACGAGCCCAGAGGCCGGAACAUGCAGAGGACCUCUCAGUUGUUUGAGCAGCAGAAUGCAGCCCGCCGGAGCGGCUUGGGCGUUCCACAACAGGACAACCGUCGGCUUUCGGUCGGCUUCCGCCCGCUGCCGCCGGAUGAGAUCAUGGACUCAGAGGACCCGGAGUACAGGGCCAACCGCAUUCGAUCCUUCUACAAGGAGUACUUCGAAGACUCGAAGCCGGAAGAUCGGCCUCCUGUUCCGCCGAUGCCGCCGAUGCCACAGCAGCAACAGCAACAUCAACAGUCCCAUCAUCAGCAUCACCAGAGCAACACAAGCUACUAUGAGGACUACGAUGCGAACUUUGCUUUGGAUACUCCGUAUUUCGAUCCUGCCACCAACUCGUUUGUCAUGCCUUAUGCCCAGCCCGUAUCUCGCCGGGCUAUGACGCCGCCACCGUCAGGCCAGAGAUUCCCAGGCCCAAGAGGUCCGCCCCGCGUAUUCCAUGGAUCUCAAACGGGCAUGCGGGGCCCCCCUAACAUUCGCGGUCCCCCGCGACCGGGUUCAUCUGUUUCCAAUCAGCUAGGCCCUCAUUCGCGUCCUGGAUCCUCAGCAUCGGGUCCCUAUGGUCGUCCUCGUGCGGGUUCCGCAAUGUCUGGUAGCCGUGCCGGCAGCCGUAUGGGCGGUCCCAAGAAACCAAUCCCUCCUCCUGCGGACCUCACAACGCUGCCCACUCCCUCCAAGCUCAAGGAUGACAGUUUCGCCAUUCUGAACGCGCUAGAUUUUGCGCCGCCUGAAACCUUCGCGGAGCGCGCCCGCGGCCGUUCUCAGAGUCCUGCGGGAGAACGCCGUCCUUACAAGAUGCCCGUUGCUGCGCAUUCGCCCUUGGUGAACGCCUUCGAGGAACUUCCAGCGCUCCCCAGCCCUCAUCUCCUCCGCAAAUCUGGCACCUUUACAGCCCUCGAUUUCGCCCCGCCCCGGAAAUUCGUCGACUCUGACUCCCGCAGUGAGACAGGCUCGAUUCGGAGCAACCGUAGCGGCCUAUCGGCGGCACAUGCCAACGCCAUCCGCAGUGGUGCUGGGCGUGUCAGCCGUCUGCCCGGUGACCAGGUUUUCACGCAAGCGGCGAUGUCCAAGACACUCAAGCCGCAAUGGGGCAUGCGUGACUAAAAUGGCCAUCACGUCAUCCCUCGUCUUCUAAUCACGAUCGUUACGGUUGGCUGGCCGCCCAAAAAGUCACUUCUCUAUCCGGGACAGUUCCUGUCAAGAUAUUCGGUUGG